AUGUUGAUCCGAUGCAUUUUUGGUGUUUUGCUAGCAGCACAAUGCGUUCUGAUGAUCCCGGUGGAUAACGAUGUGGUUGGUGAGCCAGAAGUGGAAUGCGCUGGAGAAGCAAUUGGAAUCACCUUCAGAACGAAAAAUCCUUUUAACGGACGAUUGUAUGUGAAAGGUCGUUAUGACGAUGGCGAAUGCAGAAACGCUCUAAUCGGACGAACAUUUACAGCCAUAUCGCUACAAUUCGAGACAUGUGGCAUGACUCGACUCCGUUCAUUGAAUCCUCGUGGCAUUUUCACAUCGAUAGCUGUCGUAAUUUCAUUUCAUCCUCAGUUUGUCACCAAAGUUGACCGAGUGUAUAACAUUCAGUGUUUCUACAUGGAAGCCGAUAAAACCGUUAAUCAGCAAUUGCAGGUUGCUGAACUGAACACUGCAUUCAUUACGGCGACAGUACCGAUGCCUGUAUGUAGCUAUGAAAUCUUGAAUGGUGGACCAAACGGCGAACCUGUAUCAUACGCUAUUGUUGGACAGCAAGUUUAUCACAAAUGGACGUGCGACACAGAAACACAGAACACAUUCUGUAUGAUUGUGCAAUCGUGUUUCAUUGACGAUGGACGAGGAAACAAGGUGGAAAUGAUAAACGAGGAAGGGUGCGCCAUCGACAAACAUAUCAUCACAAACUUGGAAUAUCCCGAGGAUCUCGUUGCUGGACAGGAAGCACAUGUUUUCAAAUAUGCCGAUCGAUCAGCACUUUUCUUCCAAUGCCAAAUUUCAAUAUCACUUAAAGAACCAGGAGCAACCUGUCCACUGCCUUUAUGCGCACAGCCUUUGAGACAGAAAAGGUAUUGUUUAUAAUUUGCAAUUUCAUCGUUACGAGAUCGACUGACUCUAGCAGAGCAUACUGUUGAUGUGAGAUCACGAGAGAUUGAAAUGCUCGAUGUAUUCGAUAUCCUGCCGCAAUCAGAAACACCUCUUGGAGUACGCAAUCAAACCACAUCACAUUAUCUUUCUAGAAAUAUGCGAGCAUCCAUAUGC